AUGGUGUUAGGUUUAGGGCAGAAAGUAUUAGAAAAGACUCGUUUCCAGAAGGAAGGUGCCUGCGAUGCUCCACCACGAUUCCCAUUUGCAGAACUCAAAGAACAAUACCAAGACAUUACCACGUUUGCCUAUAAUUCAAUGGUGCAAUACGUCUGUCGUCCGGGUUACAUGAGAAAUCUUAAUGUCCGAGACUUCCUUACCUGUGGAAGGGGCAGUAAGUGGUAUGGACCAAAGGACAUCUGUAUACCAAAGUCGUGCAUCUACCCUGGAGAGCCAGACAACGGCAGGCUUGUCCUAGCAGAAAAAUACAGUUUUGGUAAUACAUUGAAACCAAGCUUAUCAAGUAAUUCCCUCUCCCCUGUUUCAUGCAGGUACAGAAUGGUUGGAAAUCCUCAGAUUUGGUGUGUGGUUAAAAAUGGGGUUGUUAUGUGGGACCGAGAUAUUCCCUUCUGUGAGCCAAUCCCAUGUUCACCCCCUCCGGAAAUAGCUAAUGGAGAGCACAGUGGAGCGGGCACAGAGGUCUUUGCAUAUGGGGCAUCUGUCACUUACACAUGCAACACUGUGAAAAGGGGAGAGAAGCCUUUCUCCCUGGUGGGAGAUGCCUCUAUUUUCUGUACGACCACAGACAACGUCAAUGGUGUCUGGAGCAAGCCAGCCCCAAAGUGCAAAGUGGUUAACUGUGAGCAGCCGAGUGUGGAGAACGGGGAGCUGCUGAGCGGGUACCGGGCUGAGUACACCUAUGGGGACACUGUUGUGUUCGACUGCCACUUCCGCUACACCAUGAACGGCAGCGACGCGUCCACCUGCAGGGAGAACGGGCUCUGGGACCCGCCACUGCCACGCUGUCUGCUCAAUAGCUGUGGUGACCCUCCAGACGUGCACAAUGCUGUUAAAGGAAAACUUGCUGGCAAUCUGUUUCCUGUGGACACUGUCAUUACCUACGAGUGCUGGGAGGGCCACCAGUUCAGCCCGGGGGAAGACACAUGGCACAUCACGUGUCUGCCGGAUUUUACAUGGACUGAAAUCCCCCGUCCUUGUGAAAAGCACAGGGUUGAGGAGGAGAAGGAGAUGCUGAGGAAAAAGGUUGAUGACAUCUUUUAUCUUCUGUUGUUUCUAGAACUUCGUUGCCCAAGGCCAGAUACUGCUCAUGGAAAAGAGGUUUAUCAAAACAAAAAUGACUACACAGUUGGGACCCGCCUGAGGCUGGAGUGUGAUAAGGGCUAUGUCCUCAGGGGCCAGGACAUGACUGAGUGUCAGGCUGAUGCCACCUGGGCUCCCCCAUUACCCUUUUGUGAUAAAGUCUGUGGCCCCCCUCCACAAAUCUCCAACGGGCAGCACUCUGGCUUGGGACAGGAGCAGUUUUCCUAUGGCACCGAGGUGACGUACAGCUGCGCGGAGGGUCUGUCCCUCAUCGGGGAUGCCACCAUCUACUGCACCUCUGAUGAUGGGGUGAACCUGGAGUGGAGCGGGCCUGCCCCAGAGUGCAGAGUGGUCCGGUGCCCCAGGCCCGUGGUUGAGAGGGGCAGGAUGACUCCACAGAGCUUCACGUUUCCCUAUGGAUCAGCCGUGCGCUUCUCCUGUGAGGAAGGCUUCGUGCUGCGCGGCGAAGCCGAGAGCCGGUGCCUGGCUGAUGGCGCCUGGCACCCCCCCCUGCCCUCCUGCCAGCCCGUUCAGUGUUUUCAGCCCUCGAGACAGGAGGACCUUGUGAUUUACACACUUAAGUUGUGGUAUGAUGUGAAUGAAACUCUGGUCUACUUCUGCAAGCGUGAUGGCCAUCAAUCCAUAAGGUCAGAAACUACCUGCUCUGCUAAUGGCACUUGGAUACCACCACCUACCUGUAAAAAGCGUGAUACAUGUGAGAAGAUCCUUCGGAACAGGGAAGCUUUUCAGUGUGGAGUUCCUCUGGCUGAACUGAAAACUCUGCUGGAAGUCCAGAAACUGUACCUGGAGAUCCAGAAGCUUGAAAAGGAGCUAAGAACCACAGCUGCACUGCAGCAGCUAUCGACUGGGAAGGGUCUCACCAUGCCGCGGUUUCUCUGCUGGCUGGGGCAGCUCCUGGCAGUGGUGGUGCUUGUGCUGCAGCCGGCUGGGAGUCGCAAGGUUCAGUGCCCCGUCCCAGAUAUCACCCAUGGACAGCUGGAACCUGCACAGAACUUCACCUCGGGCAGCACAGCCACGCUCAAGUGCGACACCGGCUACAUGCCCCUGGGUGCCACCAGCAGCGCCAUCACCUACUUGUCUUUCACUAAAGCAUGUGCAGGAGAGGGCCGGGGGGGGUACCGUGGCGAGCUGCGCUGCCUGACCUUUGGCGGUCAUUGUUCCUACCCUCCUGUCAUUGACCACACGGACCGAAACCAUCAGCGCGAGUUUCCAGUCGGGACAACCGUGACCUACUCCUGCAGAUCCGGAUACACUUUGGUCCCUGGAGUAUCUCCAGUAACUACUUGUCUUCAAAAUUUCACAUGGACCAGCAUCCCGAAGCUUUGCCAGAAGGUGCAGUGUCCCAGCCCGGAUAUCCAACAUGGGAGGGAAAUCAGUCCCAGGAAAGACGAAUACAGCUUUGGGCACCAGGUGGAAUUUCAGUGCGAGCUUGGCUAUGUGCUGAGGGGCAAUCAGAGGAUCCAGUGCUGGUCUGAUGGGACGUGGAGACCCCCCGUGCCAUACUGCGACAAGGUCUGUGGUCCCCCUCCAAAAAUCGCCAACGGGCAGCACACCAGCUUGGGAACAGAGCUGUUCCCCUAUGGCUCGGAAGUGAAGUACAGUUGUGUGGAGGGUCUGUCCCUCAUUGGGGAUGACUCCAUCUACUGCACCUCUGAUGAUGGGGUGAGCUUGGCAUGGAGCGGACCUGCCCCGGAGUGCAGGGGCUUCUUCACAGGCUUGACAGCUCCGGACUGGGGAUGA